AGUCGCAGCUUCAGUCAGUUCGUAAGCCUGAAGCCGCGCGGAGAUACUUUCCACAGGAGUCCUCAAUCGCCGACCGAAUCGGGCUCAAUAAAAAAAACAAAAACCACACAAACACAGGGAGAUUAUUAACUCAAAUAAAGAAAAUCGUAAUUCGUUAGUGUGCCAUAUAACUUAAUAUCUUUAAGCCGAAAUAUAGCCAUACUUCAACACUUCUGCCGAAAGGUCAAUUAACCCAAGCGUGCAGUAUAUAUUAACCCAAAAAGUCUAAGCGAAACCAAGCUGCCAAGUGAAAAGAAAAGGGCAGAAGUUCCGAAAGUACUCUUGAACCUUGCUAAACAAAAACGAAACAAGUUUAAAUUGCACUGGACUGGCAACUUCCGCUUCCGUUGAGUGCUUCAAUUUCAGUUUAAUGUUAACUCCGACAAAACCUAAAUUGACAAGAACAACCGAGCCAAAAAUAAAGUGAACGUAAACCAAGAAACCUAAGGAAAAAAGUUUUUUUGGGGCGUUCUUUCCGACUCCAAACACUCGAUACAAAGGGAUACUUGGAGAUAGGACGCGGAUAAAGUGCAUAAAUCAACGCCACUGCAAAAGCCGAGAGCAACAAUAACUGGAAGCAAUUAAUUUUAUUCAAACAAGAGCAACAAUAAGGACGACGACAAAAAAUGGAUUACGGCUGGCUGAUGUUUCUGUUCAUCGCACUUUUAAUUGACUACCCAAUCGCAUAUGCUCUGUUUGUGACGGAUAUCAGCGUACCCGAGAUCGUAGAUUUUCGGGACAAUGUUACCUUAUCUUGCAGCUACGAUAUGCGAGGUCACACGUUAAACUCGGUCAAAUGGUACAAAGAUCACGAGGAGUUUUUCAGAUAUUCCCCCUUGACGAGUCCGAUUUACAUGACUUUCGACGUGGCUGGUCUGCAAGUGCUGGAGGGGAAAUACGUGUGCAACGAAUCGAGCUGCCGUCUGGAUUUGAGUUUACAAGGUGCAAAGUCCACAGGACUCUAUAAGUGCGAAGUUAGCGGCGAUGCGCCCCAUUUUAAGCUGGCGGACAAGGCCGAUAACAUGACUGUUGCAGCACUGCCUCAGAACGACCCUCUAAUCGAGAGCUUCAACUCGAUGUAUCGCAUGGAGGAAUACCUCAAAGCCACCUGCAUAUCUGAUUUUUCCAGCCUGCCAACGCGACUCACAUGGUACAUCAAUGGCGAGCAGCCGCUCUUAGGCGAACUGUAUCCCACAACGGACACAAGUUUGGCGGCCCAUGAUUAUGUACUGAGGCGACAGCGGCUUCAGGUGCAAUUCUUUUUGCAGGGGCAGCGCUUUUUCCAGGCCGGGAAAAUCCUGGAGCUCAAGUGCGUGGCGGAAAUUGAAAAUUAUCCGGAGCUGAGGCGCGAGAAGACGCUCAGUGCGUCGCUAUCGCAGUACGACAAUUUCAACAAUCAAAUGCCUCUGAGGCAUGCGAAUGCAAACUCUGGCUCGGCACAAAGGAGCAUCCUGUGUGGCAGGACGCCACUAAUUUCCGCAUUCCUGGCGGCAAUUCUACUAAUUCACUGUUUGCGACGCCCUUCAUGAACACUCACAUUCAUAAGAGAAUCAGAAUCGGUGGAAGAACUUAAAUCUUCGGACUCGGAUUCCAAAUCGCCUCGUAUGGCAACUUUGUCAACUAUAUCAUCACGUUAGUUAGUCAGUCAGUUAGUCACCUAGUUAGUUAGUUAGGGUAACAGACAAAGGUAAGACCGCGAAUUAGUGAAUAGGAAAGCUUUUGGGUCGAUAAAUGUAAAUAAAAUUGAUGGAGUGAAACGUUAAAGGUUAUGAAUGCUCAAGGAAAGAUAUUAAAAAUAAAAAUGUUUUAAAUUAAUAAUUAAGUAUAUUCUUUAAAUUAUUUCGUAUGAAAACGUUUUUAUGAACAAAGUUCAAAUUAAACAUUACAAAGAAAUAAAAGUAGCUUCUUUAUGUAAUUUGUUUUAAUAAGUAUGGUAACAAACAAAUUUUAUUUCAUACUUUUAAGUUUAAUAUCAUUUUAUAUAGAUUUUUUGCCUUUGACAAUAUUUUGUUAAUUAUAGAAAAUAUUUGAUCGCAAUAUGGAUUUGUCAAACAGUUUUAUGAAAUUUCCCUUUGUAAUUUGUUUUCAAACAUUGCUUUUUUGUAAUUCGGCAUGUUACAAGUACGUUUUGUGUGAGAAACCAUAUUUCUUUUCAAUGAAAGUCAUGUUAUCCAUGAAAAUGAAUAUAAUCGUCGAUUGGGUCACAACGACUGAAUAAAACAAAACUGAAAAUUAAAACAAACAAAAACUGCCAGAAAAAAUUGAUUUACCUGCCUGACACUGAUACUAGCAAAAAUAAGUCACUCUCCAGCAAACCAAACGAAUUUCCAAUAUUUGUAUAUAAGCGUAAUUUUUCCGAUUGUUGUUUGGCAAUUGAUUUCCAUACGUAGUGCACAUGAACAAUUUUUCGAGCAAAUAUAUCCCCGCACACCCCACGCCAGAUGUAUUGGGUAAAUUAUUAAAAAAAAAAAAUAAUAACACAUAUGAAACACCAUAAAAAAUAAGUGAACACAUAAAAAGAAAGAUAAUGGAAUAAAAUGCGAUUUUAUCGGUGAGAAACGAGAAUGCAGAUGCUGUAAAAAUCAUUAUAAUUAAGUCUAGCGUAAAUAUGCUGUAAAUACAAUUUUAAACAUUAAAAACAGAGGAUAAACAACUAUAAAUCAUGUCACUAAGCCAGACUCAGCCAUAUACGUAUGUAUAUAAAGCUAUUCGCUAUAUAUCUCAGCAUGUAUUUACUAAGGCCGACAUACAAAAAAAGGAACAGAGACGACACAUAGAUAAUAAUUUUAAACAAAAACGCAAUACACAUUUCAUUUAGCUGAGUAACUACAAAUAGACACUAUCCAUUAUCCGCUGGGUCAAAGCCCUCUAAAAAUGAUCUGGCAACAGACGGCCAACUAAAAAAUAUAUAAAACAUAUUGUAUCAUGGUAUGGUAAAAUGAAUCGAAGCCUGGAGGUAUCUGACAUCACAUUUUGUUCAUAAGUAUGUCCAAUUAAAAUAAAACUCAGAGUGUGUGAUGGAAAAACAUACUAAAUAUAAAAAAUACAUGUAUAAAUUAAUUUACUUACUCAAUCGCACAUCUUUCGGUUGUAAAGAGUUAAAAUCACACACGACUAAAUGAAAAUAAACGAGAGCAAAUAAUGAUAAUGUAUAUAAAAGCAUUUACUUUAGUUUUUCAUUUCGGCGACUGGCCAUUAAAUUGUGUAAAAUAUUUCCGAAGGCAAGCUGCAAUGCAUUUAUUUUUUUGUUUCCUUGCUGUUCAUGAAAAAUUCAAAUAAAUAAGAUAAAUAAAUAAUUCAAUUUAUGGAUUUCAAUGCGUUUAUUCACAGAUCGAACCGCUAAUCUGUAUUAUAACAGACAGGUUGGUGCCCGAGUUCACUAUGCCAGUUUUAAUUAAAAGCUAGGGAUUGGCUUAAAAAAAAAAAUAGGCAUGGCAUAUAAACAAUAAAUUAAAGUUUUUGGAUGUUAUCAUCUCGGUGAUAUUUAAACACCCUUUAGGGGUUUGAAUCAUUUUAAAUGAAUUUUUAACGGCUUUCUGGGCAACUUAACAUUUUUAGAGACUUCAAAAGGGUCAAAGAAAUUAUUAUUAAAUAUCCCUGACAAUUUCGGGGUCUUGGCAAUGACGAACUGUACUCGUUUAAUUUGAAAUAAUAACUUGUUUAACUACGAAAAUUUGCACAAUUAAUUAUGCUAAUGAGGCGCGGACCAAAAAGGCUACGGGUGCGGCUCCUGAGAACCGAAAGUCGAAAGCCGAGCAAGGGCUUAAACAAUAAAAAGGGUUAAAUAAUUAAUUUCAAUGCUGCUGCAAUUAGUUGCCACUAAAUGUUGCAUGAGUUCUGUCUGAAAGAUAGUCCACGGGACACACACACACCCACACACAGCGGACGAAGUGCCAUGACGAAAAGGGCCGAGAAAGAGGAAAAUGCCAAAUAUAAGAGAGGGAAAUGUAUAAGAUGCGAAGAGGACAAAGGACAAGGGCCAGGACCUCUUAAUGAGCCUGGGCCUGAGCCGGGAAGCUAAUCAAAUUAGCCAGCCCAUGGACUUUUGAUCAAAAAUGCCAAAACUUUUCACAUUUACGCUUCAUUUUGCGCGACCAGCGGCCACAUGGCGUAUGCGUAAUUUAUGUGUUUUUAAUUAGCCCGCCGGGUCCAUCUGUCUGCUACGAAAACAUGCAUGACUUAUGACGCAUAGCUGUCAUAUUCAAGAUUCGGAAAGUAUACUUAAUUGAAAUUAAUUUUGAAUUAUCCUCGCCCCUACAAUUUUUGUGAUUUGCCGGCAGUCAGUCAGUCGGCUCGGAAUUUCAAACAUUUUCAAUUACAAACGGAAAGAGACGCUUGCUUAUCAAGUGGAAGGUCUUGAGUUGCGUCUAAGUUACCGAAAAUAAAGUGAAGUGAAUUUUUCGCGCUUUGGCAUUUGUCAAAGUUUUUACUCCAGCCUCUUGAGUGUCCUUUUUGAGCAUUUUUUCCAUUCCGCUCCUUGCUGCAAUCGUCGCCUGUUUGCGUUUCAUUAAAAUCCAUUAAAAUGCUGCAAAUCAAAUUAAAAGUUUCAACUUCGGUCUGGCAGUUGGCAUCGUUGUCAGACCAUCAUCAUCAGCCGUUUACGGAUCUUCCUCUUCAUUUGCAUGCGCUACAUUUUCAACUGACAAUUGCAAAUCCUUCGGUCCAUGUUGCUCUGCAGAAAUUACUUUUUAAUUUCUUCGCUAAUUCGCUGAAUUUGUGUUCGACCCAAGGGCGGAAAAGGCAGUGGAGUCCGUCGUCCAUUGUUUAUUAAUUACAUGUGGCAUGCGGCUGGUGUCGUGGAUGAAAGCCAUCAAUAAACAAAUAUCGAAACGAAUCUGUUAUGACCCGUUGACCUAUUGAGCACUACGUGACCCACAAUGGCUCAUUUGUAUUUUGUAUGUGGCCCGAAUGGCAACCUCAUCGUCCGCCUGCCACGCAUACCAAGCAGUUGUUGAUGUUGACACAAACGCUGUCAGCUCCGAGUUGCUUAUUCCCAAAUUGAUAUGCAAACAGCACAGGCUGGCUGAAAAGCUCAAAUGGCUGAAACGGCUGAAAGGCCGACAGGGCCCAGAACGCGGCGACAAGGUCGGAAGUUGGCUUCCUAGCCAGCUAAAUGCUGUUGUCAGUGCAGAGAUUUCAAUUUUGAUUCAGGUCUCGCCCUGUAUGGGAUAAUCAAAAUUGGUAAAUAUUAUAAGCAAAAUGGGAGACAGUUCGGAGAAUGGCUAAUAUUGGAAUUCAACUUUAGUCGGAUUUUUCUUGGGACUGCUAGUAUUUCUAUUUUCAGAUAAUAAUUAAAAAUCCCAUAAUAAAAUUUUUGUAUUACCUUGUGAGCAUUUUUAGAUAUUAAGUAAACUGAAGCUUCAUCUUUGUAAAAAUAUACGAAAAUGUUGCUUUUAAUAGCAGAA